AUGGACGAGAGCGGCUUCGAGGACCUGCUUUUUGGAGACCUAGACACGCAACUGACUUCAGACGAUAAUUUGCUCGAUGAAUCCGACGAUGACAUCCUAUUUGCUACUGGGAAUGAAAACCUUAACCCCUGGGCGGCGGCAGACACCGCAGCUCACACGCCUACCGUUGCUGAUAUGUCAUGUGGGCAACACGUGCAUAAGAUCCACAUGAGGCACUCUCAAGAACAAUCUGGCUGCGAUCCAAGCGAGCUUACUGAGCGCCCUAUUCGCGACAGACACUGGGUGAUGGCCCGCAUUGAGUCCAUGCUUGAAAGAAUAGUGGACGGCCUAUUGGAAGAACACGAAUCGCUUACCAUAACCCUCAAGUCUCGCUCAUAUCUUUCUCGCCGAAGCGCCAUUGGCACUGAAGGACGCGAACCGAUUCCCAAGCCCAAAGAACGCGACAUAAACUUCCCAGGAGCCAAUGCUCAAGAGGCUUGGAACUUCACUGUACUAUUACGUAUUCUAGAGCUCAUCCACGGUGGUCUCAGUGAUAACACCAUCAUGACGAAGCGUGACAUCUACUAUCGACAUCCAGAUCUUUUCGUCAAGCAAUCUGUCGUUGAUCGAUACGUGGACGAUUUGGCAUGCACAUUUGACAUUACUAGAUCACAACUGAACGUGACUGCCGCGGCGAAGGGUUUAGUGGCCGGCAAUUUCAGGCUUCGACAAAAUAACAAUCACAUUGUGGAUGGUCUUAGCAACAGAGAGGGUCUGCUCAUUCCGACUGUGGGUGAAAGUAACACCUGGGACUUGACCGGGGUCCAUUGGGUUCUCAUCAUUGAGAAAGAGGCGACAUUUCGGUCACUGAUCGGGUCAUCGCAAUGGGAUACACUGGGCUUGCAUGGCGUGAUGUUGACUGCUAAAGGAUACCCUGACGUGGCUUCGCGCAAGUUCGUCCGCCAACUAACAGACAAUGCCCCUCAUGUUCCCAUGUUUGUUUUAGUGGACCUGGACCCUGACGGCAUCGCCAUUCUAUCCACUUACAAGUACGGCUCGUACCGCCUUGCACACGAAGAUGUUACACGCAUAAAUACACCCGCAAUUAGCCUGUCCAACAUGCUCUGGCUUGGUGUAAAGAGUGACGACUUGAGCAGGAGACGGGUAGGCGAGGAUGGCACGGAAUCGUACGCGAUACCCCAGCUCCAAGGCUUGAUGAGACUCACAACACGCGACCGCACCAAAGCAGUGCAGAUGCUGGAGUGGAAUGUAUGCACAGAAGAUGGAGCUGAGCCAAGCUGGAGACGGGAACUGCAGGUGAUGCUCAUGCUCAACGUGAAGGCUGAGAUGCAGGUAUUAGACGAGCUACCUGGUGGAUUGGUGUCAUGGCUGGGCGGCGAGCUGAGCCAUGCGAAGGAGGCCGCGCGCACUCUACCGAUUGGCAGCGACUGCUCAGACGAUGGUAUGCUUUUUUGA